UGUACAGAGUAACUGCUCAUUAAUGAAUCGUCCGCCCUCGCAAGCUGUCUUGAGGAAUUGCCUUAAAAAGCGAUUUUUGCUGACAAAAAAGGCGCCGGGCUUUCCGUCGGCAGAAAUAUUUCGGCUUCACGACAUGCCAGCAAAUCCCACCCUGGCCUGUUUGAGAAAAUUCUGACAGCAUUCGAUUUUUUCUUCCUAGUAUUGAUUUCAUUGAGCAGCCGUGAAGGCAUUGUCUUAAUAUAUAAUUUACCGGACCGCAGGCAUGAGGCUCCGACGAAUUCCUACUCCUUUUCUCCUCCUCCUCUGCUCCUCACUCUCCCUUACCCUCGCCGAUCCGAGCGAUGUUCCCGGAUCUAGCGCGAUUACUUCUCCCGAGGAGGCCGUGGCAAUCGCCGUUCCUGAAGCCUCUUCGACAAACCCCAUCCCUAUCCAAGUGAGACGGCUCGACGAUGCACCCAUCGAUGGGAAAGACGGCAAACCUCACGCCGGUCCAUUUGUUGAGACAAAUGCCGAGCGUCAACGGAAGAAGGACAAGGCUUUGGCAGAUAAGGAUAGAUUGCUAAGGGAAGAUCUAAGAGACCCUCCGUCAGAACAUGUUGGCCCGGACGGGAAAAGGAUCCCACACUCCAACGAUGGAGUCAUGAAUGAUAAGAACAGGCCCGGCCCAAAGGAAGGCACCCGAGGAACUGAAGGAGGUGUCUCCGCGAAGAGCAAAGGAAAUCAACCGGGCCUUGGAAAGAAGCCCGAUCCACCAAAGGAGGUACCGCCUUUGCCUCAUAGUGAGCAGCAGAAGAUUCCUCCUCAAGGAGACCAGAAAAAGAAAGAAGAAACAGAGCAAAAGGAUAAAAUGCUGGAGAAACCAGAACACCUUCCCGAUUCGCCUCAUUCUAUUCCUCCUCCGGCGCCACGCGGAAGCCCGAAGGACGACGAUUUGAUCGUUGAAGAUCCGAUGAAAUCUCGACCUGACGGCAAAAUGAGUAAAGGCAGCGGCGACGAUCAUGUUAACGAGAUCAUACAACCUCUACACUCAUUUGUCCUUUCCUUUACGAUGAUCCUGUUCUCUGAGAUUGGCGACAAGACAUUCUUAGUUGCGGCUCUAAUGGCCAUGCGACAUCCGCGAAUGGUCGUUUUCACGGCUGCCUUCGCGGCGCUCAUUACAAUGACGGUCUUGUCUGCAAUCCUAGGCCACGCUGUUCCUACGAUACUUCCGAAAUCCUACACCAAUGUUAUAGCUGCCGUCUUGUUUAUCAUCUUUGGUGUGAAAAUGCUUCUUGAAGCCAAAAACAUGCGUGCUGAUGAGAAUGUAAGCGGUGAGAUGAAAGAAGUUGAAAUGGAAUUGGAAGAGAAAGAGCAUCAACAGCGACGCAUGGGCGGCCGUCAGUCCGCCGUCAGCCCUUACGCUCUAGAAGCCGGCCGUGCAGGUGUGCCUCACAAAAGUCGUUCUUCGAAUCAUCGCCUUCCGACGCCCGAAAGCCUUUCUCCAGCAUCAUCGCGCGGUAACUCGCCAUCGCGAGCCUCAACCAUUGUCAAUACGCUUUCUGGCUUGAAUAAUUUGUUCUCGCUUUUGCUUAGCCCUGCCUGGGUCCAAACAUUUGUCAUGACAUUCUUGGGUGAGUGGGGCGAUAGAAGCCAGAUCGCUACUAUUGCCAUGGCUGCCGGUCAAGACUACUGGUGGAUCACCUGGGGCGCUAUCAUCGGUCAUGGAGUUUGCACGGCAGGGGCAGUAAUUGGUGGAAGAGCCGUCGCUGGGAAGGUCAGCAUUCGUACCGUCACCUUUGGUGGAGCAAUUGCUUUCUUAGUAUUUGGGUUCCUCUACGUCCUUGAAGUCAUAUACUGAACAUCCUUCUUUAAUGAACACAACGCCGCGAGUGUUACCUUCUCAAUCAUGAAUUACUAGUGCAGCGAAUAUAUUUACCACGAGUCUUGUUUAUUCCUCUCCGCUCGCCUUGGACUUCGAAGCGGUUUCGACGUUUAAUAGCCAAGGCGUACCGGUACACGGCUUCCCUUCUUCCGUUAACUACUGCUUCCUCCCGAUAUCAGAUUUCCAUAAAACAACCCCUCUGUUUUAUUAUCUUUCAUCUCAUGCUUCUCUGAUGUCUAAUAUUUUGUUCUCUGACCUUUUUUUUCCCCCCAUGCAUGCCGUAUAUAUUGGGAAUUCUAGACUGGAAAACUGAUAACGAUCAUUGGCAGUUGAUUUUUUGUUCUUCCUUUUCAACGCUCCUAGAUCAUUAUUACAUACCUGACACCUUUGCUGUUUAUCACCCGCUGUAAUCUGUGAAUUUUGCAAUGUUCUAGACUUUUGUUUCUUAGGGAGGGGCGAUCCCUUGAAUUUUCACAUUUGUGCAUGCUAAUUGAUGAUUCCCGGCCUAUUGUUUCGAUGUUUCUCUUUGACUGUAAGGUCAUUGUAGAUGAGUGUCAUAGAGGCAUGGAACUUGACGCCCCUAU